AUGAGGAAUAUUUUCUCUUGGCACUUUCUCUGGGUGUAUUCCGCCCUUUGGGGGCUGGCGACGGGGGCAUUCCCCAGCUCGGUACAGAUAGGUGGGCUGUUCAUCAGGAAUACAGAUCAGGAGUAUACAGCGUUCCGGCUAGCUAUCUUCCUCCACAACACCAGCCCCAAUGCUACAGAAGCGCCCUUUAACCUGGUCCCCCAUGUCGACAACAUAGAGACCGCCAACAGCUUUGCCGUCACCAACGCAUUCUGUUCCCAGUACUCGCGGGGGGUCUUCGCCAUCUUCGGCCUGUACGACAAGCGCUCGGUGAACACGCUGACGUCGUUCUGCGGGGCGCUGCACAUCAGCCUGGUGACGCCCAGCUUCCCCACCGAGGGAGAGGGGCAGUUCACCCUGCAACUGCGGCCCUCCAUCAGGGGGGCCCUGCUGUCGCUGCUGGACCAUUACGACUGGAACCGCUUUGUAUUUCUGUACGACACCGACAGAGGGUACGCCAUCCUGCAGGCCAUAAUGGAGAGGGCAGGACAGAACGGCUGGCAGGUGAGUGCGAUUUGUGUGGAGAGCUUCAACGAAGCGGCUUACCGGCGCCUCCUAGAGGACCUGGAUCGACGCCAGGAGAGGAAAUACGUCAUUGACUUGGAACCAGAGAGACUACAGAGCAUUCUGGAGCAGGCGGUCAGUGUGGGAAAACAUGUGAAGGGUUACCAUUACAUCAUAGCUAACCUGGGUUUUAAAGACAUAUCGCUGGAGAGGUUUAUGCAUGGUGGGGCUAAUGUGACUGGUUUCCAGUUGGUGGACUUCAGCAAGCCUAUAGUCAUUAAACUAAUGCAGCGCUGGAACAAGCUAGACCAGAGAGAAUACCCUGGAUCUGAAAGCCCUCCUAAGUAUACUUCCUCUUUAACGUAUGACGGCGUGCUGGUGAUGGCAGAGGCCUUUCGCAACCUUCGCCGUCAAAAGAUUGAUAUCAGUCGUCGUGGUAAUGCUGGCGACUGCCUGGCUAACCCGGCUGCUCCCUGGAACCAAGGAAUAGACAUGGAGCGGACACUCAAACAGGUGCGCAUUCAGGGCCUGACCGGUAACAUUCAGUUUGACCACUAUGGCCGGAGGGUGAACUAUACCAUGGAUGUGUUUGAACUCAAGAGCAAUGGACCACGCAAGAUUGGCUACUGGAAUGACAUUGACAAACUGGUAUUGGUCCAGAAUGAAAAUUCUCUGUCCAAUGACAGUUCAGCAAUGGAGAACCGUACAGUGGUUGUGACGACCAUCAUGGAGGGACCCUAUGUCAUGCUGAAGAAGAACUGGGAGAUGUAUGAAGGCAAUGACCAGUAUGAGGGCUACUGCGUGGACCUGGCCUCUGAAAUCGCCAAACACAUCGGCAUCAAGUACAAGAUUUCAAUCGUACCUGACGGGAAGUACGGAGCCAGGGAUCCAGAGACCAAGAUCUGGAACGGGAUGGUCGGAGAGCUUGUCUAUGGGAAAGCGGAGAUUGCGGUGGCCCCAUUGACCAUCACUCUGGUGAGAGAGGAGGUGAUCGACUUCUCCAAACCUUUCAUGUCUCUGGGGAUCUCCAUUAUGAUCAAGAAGCCUCAGAAAUCAAAACCAGGUGUUUUCUCCUUCCUGGAUCCGCUGGCUUAUGAGAUUUGGAUGUGCAUUGUGUUCGCAUACAUCGGAGUCAGUGUUGUGCUUUUUUUGGUGAGUCGUUUCAGCCCAUACGAGUGGCAUGCUGAGGAGCCAGAGGAGGGUGCUGCAGAGCAGGGCCCCACUGACCAACCCCCCAAUGAAUUUGGCAUCUUCAACUCUCUCUGGUUUUCUCUAGGGGCCUUCAUGCAACAGGGCUGUGACAUCUCCCCACGGUCCCUGUCGGGCCGUAUCGUCGGAGGCGUGUGGUGGUUCUUCACCCUCAUCAUCAUCUCCUCCUACACCGCCAACCUGGCUGCCUUCCUCACUGUUGAGAGGAUGGUCUCCCCGAUAGAGAGUGCUGAAGACCUGGCCAAACAAACAGAGAUAGCCUAUGGGACACUGGACUCUGGAUCCACCAAAGAGUUCUUCAGGCGGUCCAAGAUAGCCGUCUAUGAGAAGAUGUGGUCAUACAUGAAGUCGGCCGAGCCCACGGUCUUCACCAAGACUACAGCCGAGGGUGUGGCAAGGGUUCGGAAGUCCAAGGGGAAGUACGCCUUCCUCCUCGAGUCCACCAUGAACGAGUACACGGAGCAGCGCAAGCCCUGUGACACCAUGAAAGUCGGGGGGAACCUGGACUCCAAAGGCUAUGGGAUUGCAACCCCAAAAGGCUCACAGUUAAGAAACGCGGUCAACCUGGCCGUGCUCAAGCUCAACGAGCAGGGCCUGUUGGACAAAUUGAAAAACAAGUGGUGGUAUGACAAAGGAGAAUGUGGCAGCGGGGGAGGGGAUUCCAAGGACAAGUCGUCCCAGGCUCUGAGCCUGUCCAACGUGGCCGGGGUCUUCUACAUCCUGGUGGGGGGCCUUGGCCUGGCCAUGCUGGUGGCCCUGGUCGAGUUCUGCUACAAGUCGCGGGCCGAAGCCAAGCGCAUGAAGCUGUCAUUUUCUGAAGCCAUGCGAAACAAGGCCCGUCUGUCCAUCACGGGAAGUGUGGGGGAGAACGGGCGUGUCCUGACGCCGGACUGCCCUAAAGCUGUGCAUGCUGGCCACGCCUCCCUCCGACACCCUGGCCUUGCAGUGGUCUCCUCCGGUCUGCCCUGA